AUAUUGCAGUAUUGCAAGAAGACUACGUCCUUUCGUUUUUUUUUUGUUUUCUUUUUAUUUGGAGAUUGUAUAUCUAGCUACUCUAGCUGCUGCUCGAGCUGCAAUCUGCAAUACAGCACCACACAACACAACACAACACAACACAACACACAACCAAACUACAGUACAGUCGAGACGAGACGACACGAGACGAGACGAUGUGCUUCCCCAAAGACCCCCCCGCUCCAUCCCGCGAGAGAGGCAAAGAUAGAGGCAGAGAAAAAGGAAGAGAGCGAGAACGAGGCCGCCGCAGACACCGCUCCCGGUCUACCUCGCACUCUCGCUCCUGCUCUUGCUCCAUCUCCCUCUCUCCCUCGCCUCCUCCCCCUCCCCCUCCUAUCCUUCGCAAACGUCCCCUCCGCGCUCCUCCCCGCUGCCUCUCCCCUCCCCCUCGCCACUGCUUCUCCCCCCCGCCAAGAUGCUACUCCCCCGGCUCUUACACAACCAUCACACGAACCCGCUGUCGAACAAUCGAGGAGACCUUCAUCCCGAUCCGCGUGCCCCGGCCCCGGCCUGUUGUGAUUGAGUGUGUGCGCGUGCCGGCCGUGCGGUGGGAGGUUUUGGAGCCGGAGGUGGAUGUCGAGUGGGUUGUUAGGGGGGGAAGGAGGGGGUGGGAGAGGGAGAGGGAGAGGGAGAGGGAGAGGUGUGGCAGGGGAGGGGGAUGGGGAUGGGAGAGGAGAUACGGGAGGGAGGUGGAGGAGGUGGAUGAGGUGGAGGAGAGGGAGGAGAGGGAUAAGGGGGAGGUUGUGGAGGAGGAGGUCGAGGAGGAGGAGGAGGUCGUGGAUAGGAGGGUUAAGGUGGAGUAUGUGAGGGGGAGGUAGGGGUUCUGUCUAUUAUCUUGAUCUUGUUUGUGUUGAGUGGUUUGGGGAGGGUGGUUCAGGAGAGAGUAUGAGGGAGGUGAUGAGGGUUUGCUAUUGCUGUUGAUG